GUUGCCACUCGCGUACACCGCUUGCUUUUCCUGGCGCCAUUAGCACAAAAAGCGUUCGGGGUCCUCCGUGUCCUCUGCCUGCAGCAGCCUGCAUGCCAGCUUCUCUCUGACGAUCCGACGUAUACACGUGCCGAAGCGUCUACGGAACCUUAGGUGAAACGCAAGACGAACUUCGAGGUUGGUCGGGUCGCAGUGGCUCUGGCUUCCCGCUGGACAUGAACAUGUACGCAACGCGCAAGACCUUGGCACAGGGCAUGCUCGACCUGGCACUGCUGUCCUCCAACGCCUGCCAGCUGCGGCGCGUGCUGUCUGCGCCGCCGGGACAGCGAUACCACGGCACGUGCGUCGCCUUCCUCGCGCUCUCAGUCUCCUUCCAGCUGCUGGCGGGCCUCCUGCUGGUGCUGCUUGGCCGAUGGAACAUCAACUGUCCUUGGGAGCAACGCAAGGCCGACCUGGGCAGCCCGGAGGCACCGUACCCACCGGCCGAGCCGGGUUUCGUGACGCCGUCCGUCGGCCCGGGCGGCAAGCGCGUGCGGUGCAUGGACAUGAACCUGUACGCCACCAAGAAGAGCAUCGCCCAGGGCAUGAUGGACAUCGCGCUGCUCACGGCCAACGCGUCGCAGCUCAAGCAUCUGCUGCACGAAGGGCCCGAGGCGAACCGCUUCUACGGGCUCACCGUCGCCUGUGUCGCUAUCUCCAUCGGGCUGCAGGUCAUGGUGGGGAUACUCCUGAUAUUCAACGGCCGAUACAACAUCAACAAGACCCACCAGCAGCGGAGAGCGGAGCUGUUCAACAAUGUCAUAAUCAUCGGGGUCUUCCUCAUAACGGUCAUCAACGUAUUUGUUUCUGCAUUCAGUGGUCCAGAUUCUCCCAGAUGGUCUGAACGUUCACGGCUACCGUGAAAAUGUGUAUUACAAGCAUUCACUUGGCAUCUUCCUCUGACAUUGUCAUCGAUUGCCUUUUUUUUUGCUUCUGUGUAUGCUGCACUAAACCUUGAUAACAGCUUUUUAAACGUUGCAUAUGUUGUCAAGUUUGAAGAGCUGGUGCUGUACUGCAUUCGGUAAUAACCUACGGCUAGUCGUGUCUCAAUUUCAAGGAACUUCUAUAUGCAAUAAAACAGUAUUGGUAACACCUG